AUGCAGACUGCUUCUACAAACAUUUGUGAAAGACUGUGCAAUAAGUUCAUCCAUAAAAUUUCCUUACUAAAUAUUCCACGGUCAACUGUUAGUAGUAUUAUAAAAAGGGGAAACAACUGGAAACAACAGCAACUCAGCCACCAAGUGGUAGGCCAUGUAAAAUGACAGAGCGGGGUCAGCGCAUGUUAAAGCACACAGUGCGCAGAAGUCGCCAACUAUCUGCAGAGUCAAUAGCUAAAGACCUCCAAACUUUGUAUGGCCUUCAGAUUAGCACAACAACAGUGCAUAUAAAGGUUCAUGGAAUGGGUUUCAAUGGCCGAGCAGCUGCAUCCAAGCCUUACAUAAUCACCAAGUGCAAUGCAAAGCCUUGGAUGCAGUGGUGUAAAGCAUGCCGUCACUGGAUUCUA